CCCCGCCCCAAAAGACCCAAUUCUAUUUCUUCGAGCUCGAGCAGCUCUCGACGCCAAGCCGAGCCUCGCUUUUCCCCCAUCUCUGUCCUUUUCCCUUCGUCCCUCUGCCUCCCUCUCCCUCCCACAGCAGCAGCAGCGUGGUGGCGGAAACGAACCGCGUCGGUCUGUAUAGUUGAUAGUAGAGCGUCGGAAGAAAAAGGCUUGGCUGACUUCAUACCAUUGCAUGCUCGCGUUCUCUCCCUAUAUGUUGCGCGCUUCUCCUCCCCCCCCGUCUCCUAUUCUUCGGCCGAGGUCUGGAUAUAUAUCCAAUCCAAUCUAUAUCGCGAGCUUGCUUUCUUUCCGUAAAGAGUGAUAUGCAUUACUUCUACUACUAGCGGUGUCGAAGUCUCUCUCCACCCCCUCCAAAACACCGAAAACAGAACAAGCUCGACCUCUUCUCCCGCCAUGUCCGACGACAACAUGGCGCCGCUGGCGUCCCUCUCUCUCACCCACGUCCACUAUGACCCCACGGACCCGCUCUCCUAUCUCUGCGCCUGGCUCGCCCUGGUUCCCCAGGGGCUCUGCGUCGCGUACGCGACGUUGAUCUGGUCGACGCGCGAGGUCGAGAUCGCCCUGCUCUUCGCCGGCCAGCUCGCCUGCGAGGCGCUCAACUUCGGCCUCAAGCGGCUCAUCAAGGAGGAGCGCCCGCGGCGCAUGAACGGCAAGGGCUACGGCAUGCCCAGCAGCCACGCCCAGUUCGUCGCCUACUUCGCCGUCUCCCUCGCCCUCUUCCUGCUCGUGCGCCACCGCCCCCCGCACCCCGGCGUCCGCCGCCGCAACCACACCCCGAUGGGCCUCCCCGAGCGCCUCUUCUGGAGCGCCGUCGUCCUCACCGCCGCCGCCGCCGUCGCCUGGAGCCGCGUCUACCUCAACUACCACACCGGGCGCCAGGUCCUCGUCGGCGCCGCCGCCGGCACCGUCAGCGCCCUCGGCUGGUUCCUCGUCACCGCGCUCGUCCGCCGCUCCGGCUGGCUCGUCUGGGCCCUCGACCUCCCGCUCGCCCGCUGGCUCCGCGUCCGCGACCUCGUCGUCGAGGAGGACUUGUGCCAGGCUGGCUGGGAGAAGUGGGACGACCGGGUCGCCGCGCGCAACGCCGCCGCCGGCGGUAAGAGAGCCGCGGACCUGCCUGUCCCGGACGGCGAGAGAAAGAAGAAGAAGAAGGCGAGAUAACAUCCGAGGGAGGGAGGGGGAGCGUCGCCGCUGAAGGAGGACAGAGAUGCAUGGUUCCAAAAAUGACAGUUGUUUACAUCUGAGUGGGCGGUUGUGGGUCAAUAAUGCAUGUGCACCUUGAAACAAUUGCCCUUGCGUAUUCCUCUCCGUAUCAACAUGUCUUUUUUUAGAGAAUUUGACACCUUGGCUAGUGUGGCAGCUCCCGACCCGAUGUUUCGAGGUGUUAUGGACUACUUGGACCAUCCACAUGAUAUCCUCCCCCCUUACGCAUAAGAGCACCCCUCGACGGCAAAGGAUCGAGGACGGAGGACGGUUGUCGAGAAUUGGCCAGUCUAGACCUAGGCUUUGCCAAAGUUACUCCGGGAGUGACCCCCUAAAAGCAUUGCUAGCCUUCUCUUGGGGCCACUGGUUUCUGUGGGCAGAUGUCUUGUAUAUGUGAGCACUGCUGACCUAUGUUAUAUAUACAAUUACACAAUGGCUUAGGUAGUACAAAGCUCUCUCUUCCUAUGCCUAGUAGAAAAGGAUAUGAAGGGUAGAGGACAUCAACAUGUCAGUUGUCGGUUACUCGAUCGGUUGAUCCUUGCAUUCCUCGUACAAAAAGCUCAUGCAUUCUAUCCCCCUCCUCCUGGCCCUGGCAAAUAUAUGAACGAUCUGGGCUGUGAGGAUCUAAGAACUGGCAGCUGGGAAGAGGAAUGGGUACU